AUGAGCACCUCACGAUUUCUUAGCUCUGAAGGGCUUAUGCCAUCAACUAUAUUUGACAAAGGUGACGCUGAUGUAGACGUAUCAGAAGAGAUGGAAGAGGUCAGAGAGUUGCUGUACGAAAUGAUCAAGAAGAAUUUCCCGAUGGGCGUAUCUUCUUCUCAUCUAGCUCAAAAGUAUCACGAAGAACGACCGAAACACGUCCGCUUGGAGCAGGGUCUUGAACGGUUGAGUGUGUCAAGCAGCGAAACAAUGGGAAUAGCAACGGUCGUCCGGUAUGUCUCGAAAGGGCUUGGUAGAGAGCUGCCCGAGGAUUGGCUUGUUCAAGUUGCUGAAGCGGAAGAAUUCGAGGCUCAAACUCGUGGUCCUCUCACGAUUUUGUUUGUUCGUCUGUCAAACACAAAUUCUUUCAAACGAUCUUCAGUCCCUCACACUGACGUGAAAGUUGUUACAUCUGGGUCUGUUUCGGCAGAUAUGGAGCUCGCAAAGUUAAGGAAAGAUCGCUAUCCUCUGCAGCACGCAGAAACUCUUUCUUCAUCUUCGAGCACGCUAAAGCCGAAAUGCGAUGUAAUCGUAGUCGCGUUCGAGACGUCCAAGAAUCUACAUAUUCGAGCUUCUGCAGAUGAUCCUGUUUUCGAGUCGUUGAAAGUUGACAUGCGCAAAUUUUAUGCAGAUAAUCCAAGUGAUCGAAAAGUGCAAAUAUAUGAAGUCCUGUCUGGAGGAGCGUACGCGUUAUGUGAUGCAGCUGGCAACUGGUUCCGUGUAAUUGCUGUGGAAUUACCCCGGUCCGGCACUGUAAAGUGCUUUUUCUGUGACGUUGGAGUAUUUGGUGUAUACCCAGUCGUUGACUUUCGCCUUCUCCCUGAUCCAGGCCAUCCCAUCAUGUGUCAUGGGGCUCUCGCGAAACGAGUAAGUCUUGCUUUGCCCCAACAUGCUGUGGGGGAUAUAUCAGAUGAAAUUUUGCGGUCAGUUCUUUUCGAAAAGGAUGCAGUGGGCAACCUUAUUCCAGUUCGCAUGCAGGUGACGUCGUUGACAGAAGCAGUGGAAGACGAUGAGACCACAACCAUUGCAGAUUUGUGGUUAACUGAUGGAAGGGCUGUUGUUGAGGUGGUUAUGAUGAAAAUGCCGGACGAAAAAGAAUGGCCGGGUUCUGCCAAUUGUGAUGGUCCGUUUUCAACACCUUUUGUUCCUGUUUCCGCCAGUUUGCCGCCAACAGUUUGUGUUUUUGAUGGUGAUGUAGAAAUAAUACCUAUGGACAUUAGCCAGAUUCCGUCUGGCCCCUUCUCGGCAAAUGCUCUUUUUGCCGCUGGUCCUACCGAUAUCAGUCUUCGUCAAGUUUCCCUUGAUCCAAUGCCUGAUUAUAUGUAUGACAAACUUGCUGAGGAGUGUCAGAUGCCUGAUGCGCAAUUGAGCGACACUCCUCGUCCAGGCGCCUUUUAUGCAGCUUUAAUAAACGAACGGUGGGAGCGGGUGCAAUGUGUGCGAGCUAGCAAAAUUGAUAAAGCUGCAUUCUGUGUAUAUCUUAUCGAUGUUGGCGCUUUUCAUUAUGUUAGGGCUGACGUUCUAAGGAGACUGAACAUCAAAACUCCUUUCCGAAAAAUGCUCAUGUUCAAAUGCAAAGUAAGUAUUAGUUUUCUUUUGUCCGUUGGAGUGAACCGCGUUUUCUGA